AUGCUUGAUAGUCAGAACAACUCCCCGUUGAUAGUGUACAAAGGUAUGGCUGCCGAACAAACUGGUCAGCUUAAUGUGGGCGAUGCGAUUCUCAGCGUGAACGGAGAGGAUUUGCGCAAUAGUACGCAUGACGAGGCGGUGAAGGCACUGAAGCGAGCGGGUCGCAUAGUGGAACUGGAAGUGAAGCACAUGCACGAGGUCACACCUUAUUUCCGACGGGCUGUUGGAAUGGACAGUAUUGCUUGCUCAGCUGAUUUGAGCUGGCCGAACGCUCAACACAAUUCGGGGAUAAAUGAGUUCUCAGGUUCUGCAGAACCGGUAGCCAGUAAUACUGCUUCGGGCAGCAUGGAACGCACUCGGCGAAAUAGUGGUCCGGGUAUUGUACCACUACGUCUGGCCCAUUUGUGUCGUGGCCUUACUUUGCCAGAUGAAUUAAAACAGCUGGACUGGCUCGUUGAACUGAGAGUUAGUGGAACCAUUCCAUUCACUGACUUGGUCGAUCGUGGAGUCAAUGGAACAAGUGCUCUGAUCAGUACUGAUUUACUGGCUUCCAACGAUCCCAAUUCGUUUGGUUCAACCAUGAUCCACACCACAUGGAAGCCGGUUUUUGCAGCCCUGUCUGACAGGGAUCUCCUGCUCUAUGACACAGCUCCGACCACAAAAGAAGAAUGGGCUAAUCCAUCCCAAGCUCAUCCGUUAAUUGCUACACGCUUAGUGCGGUUGGACUCCCGAAGAAACGGUAUGAAUGACCCUAAUGGACAAAAUUCUCAGAUGCUUCCUCAGCCCCCUGGCGAUAUGGUCAUGUUUUCCACACGAACUGGCAGCAAACAUGGGGUCGAUUCGCAUACCUUUGCCGUGUCAACUACAGAGGAUCUAAAUUCUUGGUGUCAAGCGGUUGUGGACGGUGGACAUUCUGCGGUAGCUGUGGCGCGUGAAGUUGUUAUCACCUGCCGUUGGCAACAACAAGAUUGUCGUCUUACUUUACACUUUGAUGCCGGAAUGACUUUAUCCAUUCGAGGGCCUUCGAAUGAAUACGGUGCCUCGAUAGGAGCAAAUCAAAUUAUCUGGCAAUUUCCGUACGAGAAAUUGCGCUCCACCGCGGAUGACGGUAGAAGUAUUUUAUGGGUAGACUUCGGCGCAGAUGGCGAGUUUGAACUGGAUAUGCUUGGAUGUCCCAAGCCGGUUGUGUUUAUUCUUCACAACAUAUUGUCCGCCAAAGUUACACGACGGGGUUUGGUUGCCUAA